CAGGACAGUACAGUAGAGUACAGUACAGUGCAGUACAGUCAUGUCAUUUCCGGUUUGCUUUUGUUCAAAGAUUUUGACGUUGACCAAACCAUUAACAACAGACCUCCGUCAGUUGAUGCACUUUCCUGCCUCCACCGAUAGUAGGCGCGGAUUCUCUCUUAUAUUCCAAAAGUGACGGCACCUUUUUGCAGUGGAGAAGAACGGUGACGUCACUUUCACAAUGGCGGAGGCUGGGUGAUGAGCAGCGAGUGUGUGCGUGCGUGUGUGUGUGUGUGUGAAGCGGCGCUCUGAUCAGCAGUGCUACCGUGGCCGAACAUGGCCUUGAAUCCCAGCGCAGCGGGGAGAAAGAACUCUGGAUGUACGGAUGCGGCCCUCGUUCAGCCCGGUGCUGACGAGCACCACAAGAAUCCCGCUGCUAGCUCGGCCCAAGCCAACCAAAAUGGCGAUCAGGCUGUCUGUGGAGACGGUGUAAUGCCCGAACAAGAAGCCCUUGAACGGCGCAGGAACCCGCACACAGGCGCCCGGAGCCUCAGCUGUUCUCCCUCCCCGGGACAGAAGCCGAGCGAGGAGCUGCCGCGAAGAAACUUCCAGAUUCCGAGGAAGACGAGAGAACGGAAAGGUCUGUACCAGUUUCUGGCCCCCGACAGCCGAGAGUUCGAGGACCUGCUGAAGAUUGUGUCGUCCUUCUACCUGGACCCAUCGUCUCGUGGCUCCUUCUCCUACUGCAAGGCCCGGCUCAUCAACAACGAACUGCUGAAGAAGGAGUUCAUUGAGAAGCGGAGGGAGAUGAAGCAGGAGGGGCGGACGGAACCAGAACUGUCCGAGUCCUACUGCUUCCUGUAUCCAGACAAGUCCAAGCUCCAUUGGAUCUGUGAGAAGGGUCUCUCUGUCGGACACUCCAAGAUAACCACACUGGGAAAUCCGUCAGUCGGUGUCUACCUCUCCAAAUACUCUGAUUUGUUACAAAUGAAUCCUUUUGAAGUGGGCUCAUCAGGAGACAUCGUUGUUUUCAAAGUCAUGAAGGGUCGAAUCAAGCACGUCCACGAGAACGUGCCAAAGAAGGGGAUCGAACCCACGCCGAAGUUUGACUGUCACCUGUCCAAAAGCGUCAACAGGGUCACGUCGCUGCUGUCCUACAGGGCGUUUGAGUUGACACAGCAAUAUUUUUAUGAGUUUGCCUUUGAGGAGAUCAGGCCGCGGCCGCGCCACAUUUGUCCUUACGCCGUGGUUUCCUUCAAGUUCCAAGACAAAGAGGCUGCUGCGGCUCCUAUGGCUGCUCACAGGUUCAACACACUUUCAUCUGAAGGAAGUCGAAGGAAGCGCUACACUGUGUGGAGCGGUCCGCUGGUCAACAAAGGUCAGGAGUUAUUCCCCAUCAGUCUUCGGUCCUCGUCGCGGCCCUUUCUUCCUUUCAAACUGCCGGACAGACUAGAGGUGAGCUGUGGUAUGACGCUGGAGCAGGUGAAGAGGAAACUGCCCCCUGCUCUGUUCACCAGGGACACCUACAGGAUGUCACAGGAAGUCUCUCAGGGUCGAAUCAAGCACGUCCACGAGAACGUGCCAAAGAAGGGGAUCGAACCCACGCCGAAGUUUGACUGUCACCUGUCCAAAAGCGUCAACAGGGUCACGUCGCUGCUGUCCUACAGGGCGUUUGAGUUGACACAGCAAUAUUUUUAUGAGUUUGCCUUUGAGGAGAUCAGGCCGCGGCCGCGCCACAUUUGUCCUUACGCCGUGGUUUCCUUCAAGUUCCAAGACAAAGAGGCUGCUGCGGCUCCUAUGGCUGCUCACAGGUUCAACACACUUUCAUCUGAAGGAAGUCGAAGGAAGCGCUACACUGUGUGGAGCGGUCCGCUGGUCAACAAAGGUCAGGAGUUAUUCCCCAUCAGUCUUCGGUCCUCGUCGCGGCCCUUUCUUCCUUUCAAACUGCCGGACAGACUAGAGGUGAGCUGUGGUAUGACGCUGGAGCAGGUGAAGAGGAAACUGCCCCCUGCUCUGUUCACCAGGGACACCUACAGGAUGUCACAGGAAGUGAUGAAGUGUGGAAUGUCCUGCAGCCUGUUGGAGGUGGUGGAUGGAAAAGGAAAAGCCUCCAGUGGAAGUCUGGCAGCACUGCUCCACAGGCUGGAGAGAGACCAGAUGGUACUGGUGAAGGCACUGUUUGACAGAGGGUUUCUCUUCCUGCUGUCCUCGGCUCAGAUGAGCGACUCUAAAGAGCGGGCCGGGCCCAGGGAGAAGAACCUGCAGGCCCUGUUCAUCUUUCAAGGAUCCAGAACGGUGGUGAAGUGUUCGUCCAGACGUUCGGACCCCGAGCCCCAACCUGCCGUCCUGUCCUCCGUGGAACCCUUCCUCCCCGCGCUGCACUACGCCCUGAUGAAGCUGCGCUCCAACCCAGGGAAGGACCUGAGCUCCGGGGUGGAGCGCCAGGCCAACGACUACCUGAGCCGCAUGGACUCGGGAACGGCCCGACCGUUCGUCCUGCCUGACUACAAACCUCACGUGGAUGAUCGGGCCGCCCCCCCCCCGGUGCCCAGGCCCAAGUUCAACAUGGAGGCUGUCCUCCGCUCCUACGUCCACAAUCCUGCCAACUACAUGUUACCUCUCACCAGAGUAAAGGACGUCAUGGAGAGGACACGAAGCCCCGCCCCCGCCGCCACGCAGGUCCCCGCCACCGUGGACUACAGCCCAGUUUCAGACUGGGGGGGCUCGGACCGGGGCUCGGACAGAGCGGAGCGGUCUUCAGAGUGGCUGGGGCGGGGGGAAGAAGCGCCCACCGGCGCCGGCGCAGCAGCGGGGGGGGCGGCGGCUGAUGGCAGCAGCAGCAGCGGCGGCAGCAGCAGCAGGCGGAGGCCUGGAUUGGCCAAUUCAAACGGAGCUCAGCGACAGCACAGAGACCAUGUGGACGGUCAGCUGGUCUCUGAUAGGCCACAGGUCUCCAAGGACCAGUACGACAAGAACAAGAUGAAGCAGCUGCUGAAGCUGAUCCAACUCCACAAGAAGACGUUGAUCAAGGACCCCGGUCAGGACAGGGGGGGGGAGGGGGGGGCGUGGGACGGCAGCGCUCUGAAGAGGAAUGCUGAAGGAGCCGAGGGGGGGGGCACCAACAAGCACCAACGCACAGACCCGCUCAGCAACGGGGAGUCCAGUCAAGGCACCUUGGCCGGUGAGGGGGGGGGCAAAGGGGGGCAGGGCGACAAUCUGACCACAGUGAUUGAAAGCAUGGGCAUCUACGACACUGACCUGAGGUCACGGGGCAACAGCAGCGUGAACACUGACACUCAGCGUCUUCUCAAGAUUCUCCUAGCCACGCUCAACAAAGCUGUGACCGGGUCCCCGCCGGUGGCCCCCCACCGCGGAGGGGAGGGGUCCACAGGGUCCGCCACCACGGAGCCCCCCUGCUCUCACGUGGACCACAGUAAAGACGUGGAGCCGGAGGACAUGGACUGUAGUCCCGGCUCCCCGUCCAGUUCUGGCUCCCCCUCAGAGCAGAUUCACCCCCCCCCAGAUGACUCGGCCCGGGCGGAGCCCAGCAGUGAAGAACCAAAGUCCGAGCCCGACCCGGAACCGUCGCUGGAGCCGCCGUCGGACCCCCGGCCGGACCCCCGGCCCGAGGCGGUGGAGCUGACGGAACCAAAGACUCUUGUGUUGGUGGAGGAGAACGUCUCCAUCAGCCUGGACACCAUCGUCCAGCAGGAGCUCCACAGCCUCCACUCCCACAUCAAACACAUCAUGCAGACGCAGCACAUCAGCUACGCCUCCCAGCCGUCUCCACGGCGCCCCCUACGACAGUGCUGGUUACCCAACAGCUCCUUCUCAGAGCUGGUCACGCCCUACUUCUCCCCUGUCUCCAUCCAGGGACACGUGGAGGCCCUGGGGGAGAUGAUGGACAGCACCUCACCCUGUGAUCGGACCAGCUCCGCCCAGGAACCCAUGAAGACUGGGACAGAAGAAGGGGGGGAGGGGGCGGGGGUCUGUUCUCCGUCCCAGAUCAGCAGCUCUCCAGAGACCAAGACCCCGACCCUGGAGAGUGGGCGGGGCCUGUUGACAGGAAGUCUCAUCAGUCAGCUGAAGCCCGAGGUGUUCAGCAGUCUGGUGGAGAUCUUUAAGGACGUCACCAAGAACACGGUCAAGUUCUACAUCCACUCUGAUGACGAGGGAGGGGGGGGGCCCAUCUGUCAGGAGAUAAAGGGCUACCUGAACAGUCUGGGGAACAGUGAGUGUCGUCCACAGACCUUUCUGGAAAACAGCGGCAGUUUGGACAAACUCCUCAUCAUCAUACGGAACGAGGACAUCGCUGCACACGUGCACAAGAUCCCGGCCCUGGUGUCGUUGAAGAAGCUUCCUUCGGUCAGUUUCGCAGGCGUGGAUUCUCUGGACGAUGUGAAGAACCACACCUACAACGAGCUGUUUGUGUCCGGUGGUCUGAUGGUCUCCGACGAGUUUGUCCUGAACCCCGACCUCAUCAACCAGGAGCGUUUGCAGGGACUGCUGCGGUUCCUGGAGGAGCAGAGCACUCCAGAACACCCCUGGCAGUGGAAGGUCCACUGCAAGUCCCAGAAGAAGCUGAAGGAGCUGGGCAGGUUGAACACCAACGCCAUGACUCUGUUGAACCUGCUGACGUCGUACCAGAAGAAGCACCUGGUGGAGUUCCUGCCGUACCACGACUGUGACGCUCAGCUACGUCAGGCUCCAGAUCUGGAGUGUCUCAUCAAACUUCAGGCUCAGCACACGCAACAGCGCCACCUAAUUUUCCUCACAGAGAGACCCUUCGAGAUGUUCCUGCCCUUCUCCAGGAACGGGAUCAUCAUCGCCAGCAUCGAUGACGUCAUGACCGGUUUCCACAGUCUGAUUGGCUCCAUUAAACAGAAUGAGCUGCCCACACCGCCCUCUACUGUGGUCAACGAUGAGUGUGUAGAAGAAGAAGACAUGUCUCUGGACUCUGAUGAUGGAGAGACGUCCACCGCAGCAGAUCCUCCACAGACCCCCCAGGACGUCCAGAAGGAGACGGCUUUACAGCCCCCGCCCCCGGACACAGAGGAGGUCCAACCCCUGCUCCCUGACCUGAAGGUGACGCCGGAGAGCACGCCCGCGACGUCUGAUUUUGGCGCUCUCAAAUCGGCCAUCUCUCAGUUCAAGGCCUCUGCGGACCACGGCGGUUUGUCACCGGGGGGGUUUCCUGUCAACCCCCACCAGAGUUUCCUGUGUCCGUCAGGCGGGUGGUUGUCCUACACCGGCUCCUCCAGCUACCCGGCCUCGCCCUGCAGCGGCACCCAGGAGCAGGAGUAUCGCCCCCCCGCUACGACUCCCGCCGCAGCCCCCGCUGGACCACUAGCUAACCUGGCCUCCUUACCCUUGGAGGUGAAACCCCCCCCUCCACCUCACCUCAUGAUGCUAGGUCACACGUACAGUUCAGACACGGGGGGGGGCGGCUCAGACCGCAGCGACGCGGCCCAGACGGGCUACGUCACAGGCAUUUCUAAAAACCCCACCCAACAGGACAGGACACACAAUGGAGCGGGGGAGGGGGUGUGGGUCACUGCAGGGACCAGCACUGGGGAGGCCUGGUUAGACCUGGGGGGGCUGUCACACACUGGAGACCCCGUGGGGGGCGGGGGUCCGCAGGGUGGUCACGGCGGCCGGACCCGCUCGAAUUGCACUGAAAACCUUGGAGCAUCUGCAUUACUUCCCACGGUGGUCACCAGGGGGGGCUCCGUGGUCGGACCUAAGCAGCCCCCACCUCCAGUGGUCGGUUUGGGGUACGGCGGCAUGGGCAGCGUCCCAGGACCGAUGGACCACGGGCCCACGCGGGGUGCAAUGGUUCCUGGUUCCUUAGGGAGCUACAGAGGGAGGGGGGUCCUACCAGGACUCUGGACUGGUCCUGGUGGAGGACACGACCUGGGGGGUGGGCAUAGCACUGGGCCCUGCUCCUGGGGCUACCCGGCAGGAAGGGGGGGGGCACAGAGCUACUACUCAAACUUCACAAACUCUCACAACUACACCCCUGAGUAGACAAUCAGCAGGACUGGGUGGGGGGGGCACAGGAGGGGUUGUCCCCCGACUGGACCCCCCCCCCCCCGUUGAUUGACAUCAGUGAUAGAACAGUUUUCUACCUUUAAAAUAAAGCUGAUCCAGACAGAGCCCAGUGCCCCCCCCCCCAUCAUCCUGUUCAAACCACUAUAUUUAUAUUUGCCAACCAAUGCCAAUGCCCCCCCCCUCCUGGAGGAUCAUAUUUUUUUAAAGAAAAAACCAACAGAGACAGAGACUUUGGCUGGAUUUCUUUUUUAUUUGAGGUAUUUGGUUUUUCAAAGCUCUAUUAAAAUAAACCGUUUCAAAUCCU